GGCGGGGGUAGUCUGCGCGUGCGCAUUGCUUUUGCUGGUCCAUUGCUAUUGCGUUGCAAAAAAAUUCUGACUAGGUAGCUUUCGGUCUUUUCUAUGCUGGGAACCCUAAAGGAAAAGAUUUCUGCAACUGACGGGACAGUCGGGUAGUGUCACGUUUAUGGUAGUAACGCCUCUCUGGCUCACCCGAGCGUGGGCAGAGGCCUUAGAGUCGAGAACCGUGGCGGAUAAAACCUUUAGCCGGCGCUGGGCGUUGUGAAAGGCGUUGCAAGCCGUCUUUCCUGCGUAAUUCUGUCUCGGUUACUGACUGGUUUACACACGACCCCCAAGCAUACGGAUAAGCCUCGGAGGCCGCAGCCCUCCCGGCGGCGUGGGGGGGCCGCCAGCGUGCCCGGCAGUCAGAGUGUCUAGCCGACGGCCCGCAGCUCCCGGAGCGCGUGCAGCAUCCCCACCCCCUGGCCGCCCUCCCCUCCUCCUGCUUUCACGCACUCGCAGUGAUUGUUUUGCCCGCUCUCGCCGCCGCCGCCGCCUGAGGACCAGCAGCGCUUGUGUAAUUCGGGAAGAUGGCGGCCGGCGGCGGCGGAGGCAGCAGUAAGGCCUCCUCCUCGUCGGCCUCGUCAGCAGGGGCCCUGGAGUCUUCGUUGGACCGAAAAUUCCAGUCGGUGACCAACACUAUGGAAUCCAUUCAAGGCUUGUCGUCUUGGUGUAUAGAGAACAAGAAACACCACAGUACUAUCGUCUACCACUGGAUGAAGUGGCUGCGGAGAUCUACAUAUCCCCACCGUUUGAAUCUCUUUUACCUGGCCAAUGAUGUCAUACAGAAUUGUAAGAGGAAAAAUGCAAUCAUAUUCCGUGAAUCGUUUGCAGAUGUACUUCCUGAAGCAGCUGCUCUGGUGAAGGAUCCAUCUGUCUCGAAGUCUGUAGAACGAAUCUUUAAAAUCUGGGAAGAUAGAAAUGUAUACCCAGAAGAAAUGAUUGUAGCAUUGAGAGAAGCUUUAAGUACCACUUUCAAAACUCAGAAGCAGCUGAAAGAAAAUCUGAACAAACAACCGAAUAAGCAGUGGAAGAAAUCACAAACAUCCACCAGUCAAAAAGCUGCUCUCAAGUCUAAAAUAGUUGCUGAAUUUCGAUCUCAGGCCCUCAUUGAAGAGCUGUUGUUGUACAAGCGCUCAGAAGAUCAGAUAGAACUGAAAGAGAAACAGUUGUCGACUCUGAGAGUGGAUGUAUGCAGCACAGAAACUCUCAAAUGCUUAAAAGAUAAAACAGGGGGAAAGAAGUUCUCCAAAGAAUUUGAAGAAGCAAGUUCUAAGCUAGAAGAAUUUGUGAAUGGGUUAGAUAAACAGGUGAAAAAUGGGCCUUCACUAACAGAAGCACUAGAAAAUGCUGGAAUUUUCUAUGAAGCACAGUACAAGGAAGUGAAAGUGGUGGCAAAUGCAUACAAAACUUUCGCUAACCGAGUAAACAACUUAAAGAAGAAGUUGGAUCAAUUAAAGUCAACCCUUCCUGAUCCUGAGGAAUCACCAGUUCCUUCUCCAAGCAUGGAUGCUCCUUCCCCAACCGGUUCUGAGUCUCCAUUUCAGGGAAUGGGAGGCGAGGAAUCCCAGUCACCAACUGUGGAGAGUGAUAAAUCUGCCACUCCUGAACCCGUGACAGAUAAUCGUGAUGUAGAGGACAUGGAACUCUCAGAUGUAGAAGACGAUGGAUCAAAAAUCAUUGUGGAGGACAGGAAAGAAAAACCUAUGGAGAAAUCAACUGUUUCCACUUCUGUACCUACAAAGCCAGCAGAAAGCAUCUCAAAGGCCUCAUCAUGUGCCCCGGUGCCUGUGACCAUUACAGCCACUCCACCUCUUCCAAAGCCUAUGAAUACUUCUCUUCUGUCCCCUUCCCCAACUUUGGCUUUGCCAAACCUGGCAAAUGUGGAUCUGGCAAAAAUCAGUUCUAUCCUUAGCAGCCUAACAUCAGUCAUGAAAAAUACAGGGGUCAGUCCUGCAUCAAGACCUUCUCCAGGAACUCCUACCAGUCCCAGCAACCUCACCAGUGGCCUGAAAACACCUGUACCUGCCACAACGUCUCACAACCCUCUGGCAAAUAUCCUCUCAAAGGUGGAGAUCACCCCAGAGAGCAUUCUUUCUGCUCUUUCCAAAACCCAGACACAGUCAGCCCCUGCACUUCAAGGCUUGUCAUCUUUACUUCAGAGUGUUACUGGGAACCCAGUGCCAGCCAGUGAAGCGACAUCCCAGAGCACUUCAGCCUCUCCUGCCAACACCACAGUCUCUACCAUAAAGGGAAGAAGUCUUCCUUCAAAUACCCAGUCUUUCAUUUCCAAAAGCUUCAACUAUUCUCCUAGUUCGUCAACUUCUGAAGUCUCUUCAACUUCAGCCAGCAAGGCAUCAAUUGGACAAAGCCCAGUGCUCCCAAGCACUACUUUUAAACUACCGUCCAAUACGCUAGGGUUUACAGGUACCCACAAUACUAGCCCUGCUGCCCCACCUACUGAAGUUGCCAUGUGCCAAUCUUCAGAGGUCUCCAAGCCAAAGCUGGAGUCAGAGUCCACCUCCCCAAGCCUGGAAAUGAAGAUCCACAACUUCCUAAAAGGUAAUCCUGGUUUCAGUGGCUUAAACUUAAACAUCCCAAUCCUAAGCAGUUUGGGGUCCAGUGCCCCAUCAGAGAGUCAUCCCUCAGAUUUCCAACGUGGCCCUAGUAGCACCUCAGUUGACAACAUUGAUGGAACCCCUGUACGAGAUGAACGGAGUGGGACACCCACCCAGGAUGAGAUGAUGGACAAGCCCACAUCCAGCAGUGUAGAUACUAUGUCCCUGCUUUCUAAGAUCAUUAGCCCUGGUUCCUCAACACCCAGCAGUACAAGAUCACCACCCCCUGGGAGAGAUGAAAGCUACCCUCGAGAACUCUCCAAUUCUGUCUCUACAUACCGACCCUUUGGCCUGGGCAGUGAAUCUCCCUAUAAGCAGCCUUCCGAUGGAAUAGAGAGACCAUCUUCCCUGAUGGACUCUUCACAGGAAAAGUUCUUUCCAGAUACUUCUUUCCAAGAAGAUGAGGAUUACCGAGAUUUUGAGUAUUCAGGGCCUCCACCCUCUGCCAUGAUGAACCUAGAGAAGAAACCAGCCAAAUCUAUCCUGAAAUCAAGCAAGCUUUCUGAUGCCACCGAGUACCAGCCAAUCCUGUCCAAUUAUAACCACAGGGCCCAAGAAUUUGGGGUAAAGUCUGCCUUUCCUCCAUCUGUAAGGGCCCUCCUGGACUCUAGUGAGAACUGUGACCAUCUCUCAUCUUCCCCUGGGCUCUUUGGUGCCUUCAACAUAAGAGGGAGUGAACCUGGGUCUGACCGGUCACCAUCACCGAGUAAGAAUGAUUCAUUUUUCACCCCUGACUCCAACCACAGUACCUUGUCUCAGUCUACCACUGGGCAUCUCACUUUGCCACAGAAGCAAUAUCCAGACUCUCCUCACCCAGUCCCACAUCGUUCCCUUUUCUCUUCGCAGAAUACCCUUGCUGCUCCCACGGGCCAUCCACCCACAUCAGGCGUGGAGAAAGUCCUGGCCUCCACCAUUUCCACCACAUCGACGAUUGAGUUUAAGAAUAUGCUUAAAAACGCCUCGCGCAAGCCCUCAGAUGAUAAGCAUUUUGCCCAGACCCCCAACAAGGGCACUUCAAGUGAUGGUGGCAGUCUGUCAAACAUCACCCAGCCCAGCCUGACCACCACUGAUCAGCAACAAGAAGAGCACUACCGCAUAGAAACCCGUGUCUCCUCCUCCUGUUUAGACUUGCCUGAUAGCACAGAAGAAAAGGGGGCCCCUAUAGAAACCUUGGGUUAUCAUAAUGCAGCCAAUAGGAGGAUGUCAGGGGAGCCAAUACAGACAGUAGAAUCCAUACGAGUACCUGGGAAGGGAAAUAGAGGACAUGGGCGUGAGGUUUCAAGAGUGGGUUGGUUUGAUCUGAGCACACCAGGCAGCUCUUUUGACAAUGGUCCCUCAAGUGCCUCUGAGUUGGCACCCCUUGGGGGCGGGGGCAGCGGAGGCCUUACUGGCUUUAAAACAGCACCAUACAAAGACCGGGCGCCUCAGUUUCAGGACAGUGUCAGCAGCUUUCGUUCCAACAGUUUCAACUCAACAUUUGAGCAUCAUCUUCCCCCAUCCCCCUUGGAACACGGGACACCCUUUCAAAGAGAGCCAGUGGGGCCAUCAUCUGCCCCACCUGCCCCUCCUAAGGAUCAUGGUGGUAUCUUCUCUCGAGAGGCGCCCACUCAUCUGCCCUCUGUGGAUCUUUCGAACCCCUUUACGAAGGAGGCAUCUCUGGCCCAUGCUGCCCCACCACCUCCUCCUGGAGAGCACAGCGGAGUUCCUUUCCCUACCCCACCCCCUCCUCCACCCCCUGGGGAACUUAGCAGCAGUGGAGGGGGUGGUGUCCCCUUUUCUACUCCCCCUCCUCCUCCCCCCCCUGUUGACCACUCUGGGGUUGUACCUUUCCCAACCCCACCACUGCCAGAGCAUGGAGUGACUGGGGCUGUUGCAGUUUUUCCCAAGGACCAUAGCUCCCUCCUUCCAGGGACCCUUGCUGAGCAUUUUGGGGUGCUCACAGCACCCAGGGACCAUGGGGGCCCCAGCCAACGGGACCUCAACGGCCCUGGUCUUAGCCGUGUACGAGAGAGCCUGAGCCUACCUUCCCACCCUCUGGAGCACCUGGGCCCAGCCCUUGGAGGAGGUGGGGGAGGCAGCAACAGCAGCAGUGGCCUUCCCUUGGGUCCUGCACACAGAGACGCCAUCGGCCGGAGUGGUAUGAUUUUACGGAGCCCCCGGCCAGACUUUCGGCCUAGGGAAGCUUUUCUCGGGAGAGACCCAUUCCACAGUUUAAAGAGACCCAGGCCACCUUUUGUUAGGGGCCCUCCGUUCUUUGCACCAAAACGCCCAUUCUUCCCUCCCAGGUACUGAUGGAAACCAAGGGAAAGGCAUUUUGAACGGUCUAGAGAGCAUUGGAAGUAGCGAUUUGGGCUAUUUUGUUUUCUUUUAAUGAAGGGAUGCCCUUCCAAAUUCAGAAGUCAUGUAUGCUGACAUUUACCAUUAUUCAGUCCUCUCUCUGCACUUAAGACCUUUCCCAAGUUGUUUGUGUUUUUCUUUAAAGGAGGGGAAAAAAGGGUAAAUACAACCAAAGCCACUUCAUUUGGCUGGGAGUUUGGGGAGUGGGGAGGAAAACAGUACUUUAUCCCAUCUAUUGGAGAGUAUUACAUUUGAAAUAAAACUUCCGUCAGUACAGAUGAUAACAUGUGCAAUGUUGGGGUGUUCUUUGGGGCCUAAUAGUCAAUGGAACGAUCCCUGUCCCCUUCCUUCUCCAGCGCAGCAGUUUCUGUGACCAGCUUGGUGUCCUUUCUUGUAUUCUCUCUGCCCUGCUGGAUGCCAAGAGGUGUUUGCAAGGGAGGAAAUGUGGGAGAUCUUGGACCUGUCAGGGUUAUGCUUUAUUUUUAAAGGCAUGUUGAAACCGAGUUCUUUAACUUUCUAAAAAUCUUUUGUUUUCUGAUCAGCUUCUUGCUCUGAGCUAUUAUCAGGCAGUAACUUUGAGAAUACAAAUACAUUUUAUGGUAGUGGAAAAUUUCUCUUGCUGGGAGUGGUGGCACCUGUCACCCCAACACUGGGGAGGUAGGGAUAAGAGAAUGGUGAAUUUGAGGCCCGUGUGGGCUAUGUAGCAAGACUUGGUCCCAAAAAAAUAAAUAAAAGGAAAAGGAAAAAAGUUUUUUUAUUAAAUGAAAAGGAUGGAGAUGAAUUUAAGUUUGAGGUUAAAACAAGGAGUAAUCACAAUACGGAAAGCUAAAAAAAGGGACCACUAAGGGUGUAGUGUUGCCUCACUCACCUUCAUAUACAAGAGAAUAGGAAACAUUUUGAAGUAGUUUCCACACAUCUGUUCUGAGUCUUGCCUCCUGGUUUUCUUUCUUGACUUUCUUUUUCUCCUUCAGUCACUACUUUUGGCUGAAUUGAUAAAAGGAUGUAGUUAGAAUAUUAUCCUGCCCUCUUAAAUAUUGAAGUAGACACUACUUUUGCCAUGGUGCCUCAUUGGUGGUUUUUUGCAAAUGUCAUAAUUAGAGAAAGGAAAGUAUUUGUCUUCCCCCUUGUUUCAGUCUGUAUUCACUCCUUGGCAUUCCAAAGGAAAUCCAGUGGUAUCCUUAUAUGAUGCCUCUUUAGAUGUCUUUUAGGAACAAUUGGGUAUUGCUAGUCAUGUCUUUACCACAGAGAAAGCAGGGUCCUGAGAAGCCCUGGUUGACCCCUCUGCAGACAGCACCCUGACACUUCAAGGCUUGCUUUGAAUAAGUCUCAUCUCCCAUCCCAAAGUGAAGUAAUGAUUUUGCCGUGAAUCAUUGGCAUGAGAGGGACGAGCUGUCCUCCCUGGAUCAGAAGCUCUAUUUGUGUUUCUGCAUCUCAUACUUGGGAAGAAGAAGACCGUCACUGUACUUUGAGUGCUUUUGUUAUAUUUGUGUCUGGGACACUGAAAAGUACUACUUACACUUUAUGUGUGUGUUUUAUACCAAGGUACACUACACCAGGUAGAUGUGUAAAACAAUAUGUGUUGAGUCUUUGAAGGAAUCCUAGCAAGCUUCACUUUUGCUCCCGUCAGGAUAGAAUGUAUAUAGGAGUUGCUUUGGAUUUCACAGUGCAAACAGAAAGAUGGGGAGAAGUGGGUAAUGUAGUGGUAGAAGACAGUUCUUGUCUCAGAAUAAACUACUUUUCAAAGAAAAAAGCCUAAACUAGAUGUCCAUCAUAGCUUGGGAGCUUUGUGUGAUGUAUUCCAUGUUAUUUAUUUGGACUUACCCUUGUGUUCUGUGGUUAGGAUGCAGCAAGACAUUCAUCUUCCAAACAUGUACCCAAUCUGAAGCCAGCUCUUCUUUCUUUGACCCUCUCAGCCUCUCUGCCCUGUAG